AACGUGACAAAUCAGACCAACGGAGGAGGGACAUCAAUGUCCAACAGAGACUGAGAGGAGGAGAAACAAGGAGAUAAAUCAGCUGUCCAACAGAGUUUAGCUCAGAAAGCUGCUGGAGCUCAGCAGCUUCUCCUCCUCUCUGAUGAUGGAGACCCAAGACAGAGGAGAGCUCUGUUUUCCAGAACUCCUAAACGCCUCCUGCAGGAAGCCGACAGAUUCUCAGGGUCUAAUCGUGGUGCAGAUUGUGCUGUUUUCCAUCUCUUUGCUCAUGGUGGUUCUUAACCUGCUGGUCAUCAUCUCAGUCUCACACUUCAGGCAGCUUCACGUCCCCUCCAACCUCCUCCUCCUCUCUCUGGCUGUCUCAGACCUCCUUGUGGGUCUUGCGAUGAUGCCAGGUGAAAGCUUGAAACAAACAUCCUGCUGGUUUCUUGGUGACUUCAUGUGCUCACUGGGUCUCUUUGUUUCAUUCAUCGUUGUCUCUGCCUCAGUAGGAAACAUGGUGCUCAUCUCCAUCGACCGUUACGUUGCUGUCUGUCACCCUCUGCAUUAUCAAACCAGAGUCACUGUGAGGAGAGUCUCACUGUGUAUUUGUGUGUGUUGGUCCUGUUCUGUUUUAUACGGUUGUGUCUUUGUAAUGGAAGAUCUGAUAGAACCCGGCAGGUUUAACAUUUGUUAUGGAGAGUGUGUGAUUGUCAUUAACUACAUUUACGGAACUGUUGACCUUAUAAUGGCCUUUAUUCUUCCCAUUACUGUCAUCGUAGUUCUGUAUGGGAGGGUGUUUGUGGUGGCUGUGUCUCAGGCUCGGGCCGUGCGCUGUCAUGUUACAGCCGUCACACACAAACAAUCAAUGAAAGUAAAUGUGAUGAAAUCUGAGAUGAAAGCAGCCAAGACUCUUGGUGUGGUUAUAGUUGUUUUCCUCAUCACCUUGUUUCCAUAUUACUGUUUUGCUCUUACAGUGGAAGAUUCACUCAGUAGUCCUGCUGCUUCCUUUUUUAUUUGUUUGAUGUAUUUUAACUCCUGUCUAAACCCUGUGAUUUAUGCAUUAUUCUACCCGUGGUUUAGAAAAGCCAUUAAACUCAUUAUUACGUUUCAGAUUCUGCAGCCGGACUCCUGUGAGGCCAACAUACUGUAAUUUGUUUCAGGUUGCUGUAAUAAUACAUCAAU